GUGCGGGGCCUGCUGCCGCUCUCGUGUCGCCGCUGCCGCCGCCGCCGUUGCCGCCUCCUUGCCGGCAAGUGAGUAAAGAAGAAGCUGAGGGUCGCCGCUGCCGCCGCCGCCGCCAUGGGGAGAAAGUCGAGCAGAGCAAAGGAGAAGAAGCAGAAGCGGUUGGAGGAGCGGGCAGCCAUGGAUGCCGUCUGUGCCAAAGUGGACGCCGCCAACAGGCUUGGAGACCCCUUAGAGGCUUUCCCCGUGUUCAAGAAAUAUGAUCGAAAUGGGUUGAACGUCUCCAUUGAGUGCAAGCGAGUGUCUGGACUGGAGCCAGCCACAGUGGCGUGGGCCUUUGACCUCACCAAAACCAAUAUGCAGACCAUGUAUGAGCAAAGCGAGUGGGGCUGGAAGGACCGAGAAAAACGGGAAGAAAUGACGGAUGACCGCGCCUGGUACCUCAUUGCUUGGGAAGAUAAUUCCAUCCCCGUUGCCUUUUCUCACUUCCGGUUUGACGUGGAGUGUGGGGAUGAAGUCCUGUACUGUUACGAAGUGCAGUUGGAAAGCAAGGUGCAGCGGAAAGGCCUGGGGAAGUUCCUCAUACAGAUCCUGCAGCUCAUGGCCAACAGCACACAGAUGAAGAAAGUUAUGUUAACAGUAUUUAAACACAACCAUGGAGCCUACCAGUUCUUCAGAGAAGCGCUGCAAUUUGAAAUCGAUGACUCUUCCCCCAGCAUGUCCGGUUGCUGUGGCGAGGACUGCUCCUAUGAGAUCCUGAGCCGGAGGACCAAGUUUGGGGACAACCAGCACUCCCACACAGGCGGGCACUGCGGUGGCUGCUGCCACUGAACUCCGCAGGUCGCUCGCACAUCAGAAUGCUCUGUGCUAAGGCCUGCCCUCUCCCUGGUCUCAUGCCGCCUGCCAGGCACCGUCGGAGCGGUGGCCUCCUCAGCCCUGCACAUGCCAGGCUGUUCUCCGAAAGCACAGAAUCCUGGGGGAGAAGCUGUCUAAGCUGCAGAGAUGCCCCCUACCCACCUUUCUCCUGGGAGACCAGGGAGGAGGGGUUGCUGAGGGGGCACGGGUGGAGGCCAGGCUGAAGCCGUCUCCUGCAGUGGCUGCCUCCUCACUUGGCUCCUGGGUCCUCAGGCGUAAGGUUCCCCCACUUCUCUGCAGCUGGAUUCUGACCACCCCCACACCCCAUACUUGGAUGAAUGGAAUGUGCCAUCUCUAUGAGAGUCUCAGGUCCUAAGUCUGGGGUCUGGUGGACCCAAAGAGGAGUGGCCCUGUGUGUGAUCGGACUCGAGAGAAGCCAUGCUCUGCAAAGACCAUGACAAAGUCUUGUGUCAAGACACAGGGAAGUGAGGGGGUUCCUUUUAGCUGUGCUUUUGUGGAUCUGCAGUUACCGUGGAAUUGCCCCAGGGGACCAGCCACUUGGGAGGAAGGCUCCCUUCCUCACUCCAUCGCUGUCACUGAGACAGGCAAAGAGGGCCAGGGACAAGGUGUCACCUGGGGUCCCCUGUGGGGACGAUCGAUCGCUUCUCUGGGCUUUCAGACAUCACUGCAUUCUACCUUUACCCCCUUGAUGUCACGCAGUGGUGACAUGGCAGUGACUCAAGUUUUUUUAUUCAUAGAAGAAAGCCAGAGGUCCUAUCUGUUUAUCUCCAUCACCCUUUGCACCCUCUCCCCGCCUCUCACUUCCACCCAUAUACCUCUGCUCUCAUUCUAGGGGGGAGUAUGUCAGGGAGUCCCUUGUCUUCUCCCAGUUGGAGCCCUUGCUCCCAGUAUAUUCCUUGCCAUUCCUCUCAUGUCUUGGUGCUGAUAGCUCUCUGAAGGUGGGGCAUCCCACCCUCCCCCGUCCCUCGCCUUCGAGAGCCCCCCACCAGCACAGGCCUGCCCUGCCUGCUCUGCCCAGCCUUGCCCCUCACUGCCUCAGUGAGGCACUAUGGGCUCUGCUCUGGCCAGGCCACAGCUCAGGCUGCAGCAGGAUUGCCUCUCCGUGGCCAAGACAGCUGCUUCUCUCUGGAGUUACCCUGUGGCGGUGGGCUGGAGCUGGGAGGAGAAGGCCUUCCUCUUCCCUUGUGGGGUGGAGGCAAAGGCACUCUCUCUGUCAGAGGGGCUGUGUGUCAGAAUGUGUACUUGUCCUGACCUCUAGACCUUGUUCCUGCUCCAGCGAAGAAAAACCGAAUCUUUUCCAGGAAAAGCAGCCAACCCCUCCCCCUGGAUGUCCCUGAGUUCUGCUCUAGGGCGUGUCUUAAAGGUUCUAGCCUUUAUGAAGUUGCUCUCGGGGAAGGUCUGUGGGUCCCUCUGACCUCAGUGUCUGUUCACUUCCCCACCCUCUGCCCUAAUUCCAAUGGUGGUCUGUCCUGGUGGAAUCUCCCCAGUGCUGUUCUGGCUUCUCCAGAUUCUUGCCUGGGCAGGAGCCGUGCCCAUGGGCCCCCUCACCAACCUGGCCCCUCUGCCGUGUGCCUGUGCUGCUCUUGACCCCACCAGCCAUGGGGCUUUGCGCUCCCCUGGAGAGGGCCUCACGCUCGGCCCUGGGGUGAGCCCACCCUUACCCUUACCCUGUUGGCUCCCGGGGGAUUUUACCAGAGGGUGAGAUUCUAAGUUUUGGGGAGAGGAUUGGAAAACUUCCAAGAAUCAUGGAAAGGAAGAAGCACGUUUAGGAAGAGGUUUCCUCUGAUCCUUGUCUCUCAGAGGACACAAUGGUAAAUAUUGAUCAUGGAUUUCUGAUAACUCCCACUCAAGGGGACCAAAGAGAACCCCCGGUGUAAGUCCCAUGUAAGGUGAGUUCAGUGUCUUGUCUCUGCAGUAAUUGGACGCAUGGCACCAAGCGCCCCUGCUCAGGCCAGCUCCCAGAGCGCUCCCAGGGCCGGGCUGGGCUGGGGAGGCGCUCUCUGAGCCCAGCAGGCAGGUCACUCUCGGUGGUUGACCGGAUCCUGUUGAUUUCCCAAGCACCAGCCUUUCUCCACCCCCACCCCGCCAGGUCUUGGUUUUAAGAAACAUAGCAGGCCUUUUGUACCAGGCUUUUCUGUUUGUUUUUUUGUUUGGGGCAUGUUAAAAUAUUUGUUAAGAUAUCUUUUUAGUUAUAUCCACCUUAUUUCAGGUUAUUUUUGUUGGGGGAUAUGUGUAUAUGACAUCUGUAUGGUUCUUUUUAACCCUUAUUGGGUUUUUAGAGGAAAUUUGGAAGAUAAACUCCCCCUUGAUAUGUAUUAUUUUUUCUUUAGGAACUUGUUAUCACUGGAAUCAAAGGGAGAAAGUGAUCUCUUUUUGUGUUGGUUGUAUUUGUAUGUCACAAAUAAAAGACACUUUGUUCAGCUA